GAAAUCAUCUUGGAGACUCUGCUGGGCUAUGUUGCCUGGUCUCUCUGCCACGGCCUGGGACCAAUGAUCUAUUACUUUCCUCUGCAAACACUGGAACUGACUGGGUUUGAAGUUCUCGGCUUGGCAUAUCUUUCCCCAAUACUCUUGACAAUUACUCCUUUCUGGAAACUGGUGAACAAGACGUGGAUGCUAGCCCUGCUGCGGAUCAUUACCAUUGGUAAGGCAGCAGUUGCCUUGUUCCAGGCUCCAAAUGCUCAACUUCGGCUUGUGGUCCUUGCACUCGGGGUGUCUUCCUUGCUGAUAGUGCAGUCAGUGACAUGGUGGACUGGAAGUAGUUUGCAGCGGUAUCUUCAGAUUAUGGGCUUCAUUUUAGGUCAAAUUCUUCUUAUAGUUCUCCGCAUCUGGUACACUUCCUUAAACCCAAUCUGGAAUUAUGAGACAUCCAACAGAGUGUUACUGAGCUUAAGUGCCAUCAUCACACUUGAUCGCCUCUACACAGAUGCUGAGUACUGUCAGCCUGAGAAUAAGAAAUCAGGCGAGACAACCAGACAAGCAGCCACUGGAUCUAAUUGUGUAUUGGCAGGAGCUGCUUUUGGCAAUCUUUUGUUCCUCACCCACUGGAUUUUUGGAGACGUGUCUCUUAUUUCCAGGUGGGCAGUGAGUGGGCAUCCUCAUCCAGGACCGGAUCCUAACCCAUUUGGUGGCAUGAUUCUGCUCGCUUUGGCAAGUGGACUGAUGCUUUCUACUUGUUCCUGGUUUCCAGUUACCAGUUUCAUUUGGUGGGUUACAGGAGCUGCUUCGGCCGCUGGCCUCCUUUACCUGUCCACAUGGGCAGCAGCGCUUUCAGGAGCCGUGCUGGCCAUCUUCACAGGCUCCGUGUGGCCACAGGUGCUGGGACAACUUCUGAGCUCGGGCCCCAACCCUGGAAGAGCCAUGACUAUUGCCAUGGCCUUCUACCUGCUGGAGUUGUUUUUCUGCGCAUGGUGCACAGCUUUUAAAUUUGUCCCAGGAGGCGUUUAUGCUCGAGAAAGAUCUGAUGUGCUUUUGGGAACUAUAAUGCUAUUUAUUGGACUGAAUAUGCUAUUUGGUCCCAAGAAAAGUUUUGUCUUUUCUCUUCAGACAAAAAAUAGUCCAAAAGUGCUUUUCAGAAAGAGUGAAAAAAUCAUGAAACUUUUUUUGUGGCUGCUUGUUGGAGUAGGGUUAUUGGGAUUAGGACUACGGCAUAAAAGCUAUGUGACAAGGCUGGGCAAAGGGGUCCCAGCCACCAAGGAGUUCUCUGCUGCCAUCUGGCCUUUCCGGUUUGGCUAUGACAAUGAAGGCUGGUCCAGUCUUGAAAGAUCUGCUCAGAUGCUCAAUGAAACAGGUGCAGAUUUCAUAACAAUUUUGGAGAGCGAUGCAUCUAAACCCUUCAUUGGAAACAAUGAUCUAACCAUGUGGUUAGGGGAAAAGUUGGGUUUCUAUACUGACUUUGGGCCAAGCACCAGGGACCACACCUGGGGGAUCAUGGUUUUAUCCCGCUACCCAAUAGUGAAAUCGGAGCAUCACCUUCUCCCGUCGCCAGAGGGCGAGAUUGCACCGGCCAUCGCGCUGACGGUCAAUGUCUCGGACAGGCUGCUGGACCUGGUGGUGACACACUUUGGAAAUCACGAAGAUGACCUCGACAGGAAACUUCAGGCAAUUGCUGUUUCAAAACUACUGAGAAAUAGUUCUGAUCAAGUGAUAUUUCUGGGCUAUAUCACAUCAGCACCUGGUUCUAGAGAUUAUCUACAGCUCAUUAAACAUGGCAAUGUGAAGGAUAUUGACAGCACAGACCAAGAUCGAUGGUGUGAAUACAUUAUGUAUCGAGGCCUUAUCAGAUUGGGUUAUGCUCGAAUUUCUCAUGCUACGCUAAGUGACUCUGAAAUUCAGAUGGCCAGAUUUAGAAUCCCAGAUGACCCCCUUAAUUACAGAGACAACCAGAAUGUGGCCACAGACCACAGGAAAGUUCCUAAGGAAAUUCACUUCAACCCCAGAUUUGGAUCCUAUAAAGAAGGCACAAUUAUGAGAAUAAUCAUUCAUUGUCACAGACUUCUCAGAGAACAGCUAGCUGGUCUUCUGCAAGGAUCUGAGGGAAUGAGAUACUGGACAGGGAACCGCUCCAAGGGAGUUCAAAACGAACCCAAGACUCAAGACGCUUCGCUGCAGGCGGGAGAGAACCCACGGCACCCCACGAUAGCCUGGACACCCCACUCUGUUCUCCGGGGGGACCAGUCGGCGUGCUUUGUCUCAGAGACCGAUUACGGUUUCCCGGUUGGUUUUGCAUUUCCACCAAUCCCGUCCGCCGCGGGGCGGGGCCCCGGGGGUCAAAGUUCAGCACUCAUUCCUCAACCUCGCUCCUCCACGCGCUUUCGGACUCCCCUGGGGAUGAGUGACAGCAGCCUGGACCAAUCGGCGAGCAGAGCCCGGGGAGGCGUGGCCUCAAGGGGCGGGGAGAAGCCUCCGAGGGACCAAUAG